AUGAAGAAGCAGGGCGUGGUGCCGGCAGCGACUGCACUGGGGGCGGCAGCCACGUUUGUGGUGCUUCUGUGGUGGCUGGUGAUGAGCGGCGUUUAUACGCCUCAGCUAGACGGCGUGGACGGCGUAGAGUACUGGGACCUGUCGUGGUCGCGAGGCAAGGCGGACGGGUGGGCGCAGGGCGACCGCGUGCUGUUCUGCGUGCCGCUGCGGGACGCGGCGGAGCAUCUGCCGAUGUUCUUCAAGCACCUGUCGGAGAUGACGUACCCGCACAACCUGGUGGACCUGUCGUUUCUGGUGUCGGACUCGAAGGACGAGACCAUGAGCGUCCUGCGGCAGCACGUGCGGGAGCUGCAGAGCCAGCCGGACAACGCGCGGCAAUUCGGGAACAUUGAGAUAUUCCAGAAGGACUUCGGGCAGGCGAUUGGACAGUCGUUCUCGGACCGGCACGGGUUUGCGGCGCAGGGACCGCGGCGCAAGCUGAUGGCGCGCGCACGCAACUGGCUGGGCUCGGUUGCACUCAAGCCAUACCACUCCUGGGUCUACUGGCGGGAUGUCGACGUCGAGACCGUGCCGCAGACGAUCAUCGAGGACCUGAUGCACCACGACAAGGACGUGAUCGUGCCAAACGUGUGGCGGCCGCUGCCCGACUGGCUGGGCGACAUCCAGCCGUACGACCUGAACUCGUGGGUUGAGUCGGAGGGCGGCCUGCAGCUUGCGGCAGACACCCCGGACGAGGACGCCGUCAUCGUCGAAGGCUACCCCGAGUAUGCGACCUGGCGCGUCCACCUGGCAUAUAUGCGCGACCCCAACGGCGACCCCGAGACCGAGAUGGAGCUCGACGGCAUCGGCGGUGUGUCCAUUCUCUCUCGCGCGCGCGUCUUCCGGUCGGGUUCGCACUUCCCCGCUUUUUCUUUCCAGAAGCACGCCGAGACCGAGGGCUUCGGCAAGCUUUCGCGCGCCAUGGGCUACAGUGUCGUGGGCUUACCACACUACGUCAUCUGGCAUAUCUACGAGCCCUCCUCCGAUGAUCUCAAGCACAUGGCCUGGAUGGCCGAGGAGGAGCAGCGCCGCCUCGAGGAGGCCCAAAUCCGCGAGUUCUACCACAAGAUCUGGGACAUCGGCUUCGACGACGUCCGCGACGACUGGGACAUCGAGCGCACCCGCAUCCUCAAGAACAUCGACCCCAACGUCCUGGACCGCCAAAUUCAGGUUGACUGGACCGACGACGAGUCCGUGCCCUACGAGGGCGACCGCGACCGCCGCGAUCCGGCCGUCCCGCUAGACUUCGACCCCAACAACAACUGA